UGUACCACUCUUCCCUAAUUCGAUUCAUACUCCAGUAGCGGUAACGAGACAACACGAUUGUGUCAUAACCAAAAUGAUAUCUAAUUCUUGGGAAGAGGCGGGAUGGACAGUUGCACGUCGAGCAUGGAAGACGUUGAAAGUGAAUUGGCAUCUCGGAUUCACCUCAUUUGGCGGACCUCCCGUCCAUUUUAGGAUUUUUCACGAUAAGUUCGUGUCAAAGCUUACUUGGAUCGACGAACAGGUGUAUCAGGAACUUUUCAGCAUCUGUCAAGCUCUCUCCGGUCCCGCGAGUACGAAGAUGCUCUACUGCGUAAAUUUACUUCAGGAUGGAUUACUUGGAGGCGUUCUUGCUUUUUUCAUCUGGAGUCUACCCGGAGCGUUAGGCAUGUUUGGCCUUUCUAUUGGCGUAUCUAAUAUCGGAGAAGCUCUCCCUCGUGCGGUAUACGCUUUACUCUCGGGCUUGAACGCCGCCACAGUGGGCAUUAUAGCUUUGGCUGCUGUUGAGCUCUCUAACAAAGCGAUCACGGAUAAGCUUACUAGGAUAAUUGUCUUCCUAACCGCUGUAGCAGGAAUGCUAUACAACGCGCUGUGGUACUUCCCAGUUCUUAUGCUUGCUUCCGCAUGCACUGCUGUCAUAUAUGACUACCGUUGGCCGCACCGAUUUUGGCUGGUUAUAAAGGAUAUCCUGUUGAAUAUAAGGGGGAAUGCGAAUCAUGGCGAAAGCAACUUGAGAGAAGCAGAAAGCCCCGGCGUAUCCCUUGACAAUCAAGACGGAAAUAGAAUACAAGAUGACGAGCCACGUAUUAUUCCACCGGGAUAUUUUCUUGAAUUUUCAUGGAAAUCCGGAAGUGCUAUAAUAUCAGCCUUCUUCGUUACGUUCAUCGGCGUCAUGGUACUCCGAGGGGCUUUGUCGGAUUUGCCUGUUCUAUAUAGACUAUUCGCAAACCUUUAUCUCGCCGGUACCAUUAUAUUCGGCGGCGGACCGGUUGUAAUCCCGCUUUUGAGGGAAUACGUUGUCGCGGAGGGUUGGGUUAGUCCUCGUGAUUUUCUCAUAGGCCUUGCUAUUGCGCAGGCCUUUCCGGGUCCGAAUUUCAACUUCGCCGUAUUCCUUGGUGGCUUAACGGCUAUUAACCAGGGGUACCCUUCUAUCGCCGGAGCAGUUAUCGCUUUUUGUGGUAUUUUUCUCCCUGGCAUUGCUUUGGUACACGGUACAAUGGGAAUCUGGAGAGUGUUGCGUAGCAAGCGCUGGGUGAAAUCAGGGGUAAGAGGUAUUAACGCUGGUGCCGUUGGAUUGAUAUACACGGCAGUUUAUAGGAUCUGGCAGGUGGGCUACAUUGAUGAAGGUUUCCAGUCUGGAAAAAGUCUUGGUGAUGAUCCUUGGUGGGUGGUUGUCACUGCAACCGCCUAUGUUGGAGGACGUUAUUUUGGCGUUGCGCCACCAGCUGCCAUACUCCUAGGGGCUGUACUUGGGCUGAUUAGGUAUGGAGUAGUGAGUGGUCACGCUCAAGUUGUUUCUUGAUGUCCCUACCAUUGGAACUCAGCAAAGAUAGUGGAGGUCCGCGACGAGGCACAUCCUUAUUAAGUCAUUACAAUUUGAAGUCCCAAGACUCCAAUCUCUUUUGCUACAUUAGAUAUUUAUAAAAAUGACAUGAAACUGGUAGUUAAACAAUAUUAUUCCCAUUAUUAUCGCGUUAGGUACGUAUCAAUAUCGGGCACCGCUUCCACUUAGCUAUUAGCCAAGAG